AGCAUUUCGAGCUCAGAGCUGCAAGCUGUUAGUUGGGAGCACCAGCACUGUGCGAACCAGUACCCGGAGCUACCAUGGCCUACAGCCCGCAGGAAGAGAAAGAUAAAGUUGUAUUCGUGACCAAAGAAGACCACGAAAGUCCCAGCACUGCCGAGCUGGUGGUUGACGACCCCAAUGAUCCCCAUGCAGAGAAUGGACUGAUACUGCCAAGUGGAAACAUUAACUGGAAUUGCCCGUGCCUUGGAGGAAUGGCCAGCGGCCCCUGUGGGGAGCAGUUCAAGUCUGCCUUUUCCUGCUUCCACCAUAGCACCGAAGAAAUCAAGGGAUCCGAUUGUGCAAGUGAGUACCAGGCCUUGAAGGAGUGCAUGCAGAAAUACCCAGACAUCUAUCCUGAAGAAGAGAAUGAGAGCGAGAGCGAGGACGACGACAACUCGGACAUCUACCAGGAGGCCCUGCAGAAUGAGGAGGAUGAAGAAGAGGACGAUGAUGUCGAUGACUACUACUACGAGGGGCUUGAGAAUGCGGAGGAAGAGGAGGAGGAGGAGGAGGAAGAUGACGAUUACUACGAAGUAGAGGAGUAUGAGGAGGAGGAAGAGGAGGACGAUGAUGAUUACUAUUACGAGAACAACUAUUACAACAAUAACGACUACUAUGAUGAUGAAGACUACUACUACUACGAAGACAACUAUUAUAAGGAGGAAGAAGAUGAAAUCUACUACGAGGCUGACUACCAGGAGGAGGGAGAGGAUGAGGAGGAUGAAGAGGAUGAGGAUGCUUUCUAUGAGGCUAACUAUUUCGGUGAGGAGGAUGAAGAGGAGCCAGCGGAGGCAGCCAAACCCAAGGAGGAAGCAGACGCCGCUGAGGCCUCCUCUGGAGGCAAAUUGCAGUACUUCAGCGCCUGAAGGCCACAAGCCCCAGCUGCUGCCCAUUUGCAGCCACAGAACUUUGUGCACUAUGAACGCCUGCCUUUCAAUCUCUUGCUCUCUCUCUCAAUGAAAGUAUCCUUUCCUCUGUUGUUUUAUGCACUGUAAUAUAGAAAAUAACUUACUUUGACGAUCGAGGUCUUGGCGGCUUGCCUGACCCUGAAGAAAAGAGGGGUGUGUGUGUGCACCUGCAUUCUACAGAAACUUACCCCCCAACACUAGGCCACUGCCGAACUGUCCUCUCUGAGUGCCCUGGAUUCUGCCACUUUGAAAUUAUAUGAAGUUUCUCAACAGUCAAGAGCCGUUACUCAGGAAAGUCUCUCGCCCUUGGAGCAUCACCCCAUCAGAAAAACUACCAAAAGAAAUGGCUGGAAAAUGGCAUCUGAUCUUCAGGCUCGGGUAAGAAGAUUUAAUGACUUGGUUUCCUGUUCAUUCGCUGCUUUUCCAGGAGUGCUGCUUUGCCAUAGACUGUGGGUCUGGCCAGCUGACCCAUUUCGGCCCACAAUUCCACAUGGCUUUUCCUCCAUUUAAUGAAAAUGUUGGAAGGAAAAACAACUCAGGCCGUGAGCUCAACUUAUAAUCUUCUGUGGAAAGCUUCAAAGCGGGAAAUGCAUACCUUGAUCAAGAAAAUGGUGAACACGUUUUAUAGAACUGAUUUCUUUUAGGCCCAUCAUCCUUUCCUGGGACAGAAAAUAACUAAAAUGAUUUAGGGAACAGCCAAAUAUUUUCUUUCACCUUAAAGUUCUUAGAGAAAUGUAUUUUUCUUAUGAGACAGGAGGUUUUCAUUUUUUUAUACAUGUUCUGUUUUAUGACUUAAUAUUUCCCCAUCAAACAAAAGGAUCUUAGGGAAAACCAGGUGACCAAAACUAAAGAAUACUAUUAGUGGUGACUAGGGGACAAUCUUGAGCAAAAUCAGCUCUUAGCCAAUAUGGCCAUCUGUCAAUAAUAUGGAUUCGUUUAUUUUCGGUAGCUUUUUUUUUUUCUUUUGUCAAAGUUGUAUAAAGAAAAUGACUCUUGAUAUUAGCUGACUUGACCAUUGGUCCCCUUUAAAAAUGAAAGUUCUAUUUAACUAAUUUGGUUACUCCCAUAGCUGGAAGGGUACUUGUAUAUGAGAAAUUUUAUUUUUUUCAAAGUUUAGAAUAUCUAGUGGAAUGCAUAUUAAUAUGCCAUUCAGAGGAUUUGACAAAAUGAACAGUGAAAACCAAGCCUUCGCUGACAGAGGACUAUUACCCCAAUGUAUAACCAGCUAUUAACACUCAGACGUAAAACAAAACUCAGACCAGACACUUUACUAAAUAAGAUUCUUCAGCUCCUAGCUUUUUGGCCUAAGCAGCUAUCAUGAUGAAGUUGCCAUUUCCUGAGUUGGGAAUGUUCCCUGGGCAAGUGUAUACUACGUUACCUUACCGAAAGCUUAACUACAUUUCCUAAUGUUUUUCCUCUAGACCUGUCCACUGUUGUAUGGACUGAGAGCCUCAGGAGUAUACUACAGUUCUAGGUUACAGUGGUCAAAAUAAAAACUGAUGUGAUCUGGAAGGCAGAACUGGAGCAUCAGCUGUUCCACCUUGAAGAUUUCUGCCAGGUACCAGGCACUGCUGCAGUUCACACACCUGUUGCUGACCUGGUACCUCACCCUGUUAAGAGGCUCCAGUGAUAGUAUGGAAUAGGGGUAGGCAGUAGCUGUAACUUCAGCUCUCACUGGAUCUCUUCCCCCUCAGCUUUUCUGAAUCCAGGGCCAAGUUUCUAUACAGCUCAGUGAGAAGCAUUCAAGGCAGUGAGCCCCAAACAGAAUAAUCCUCACUGGUUCCAUUAAACCUUGUGAGCCUUGAUUUCUUUUGUUUCAUCUCCCACUUUUCUUGCUUUCUUGCACUGCUAAACCACCAUGAAUCAGGUUCACUCUCUGAGACAGAAGCAACAACCCUUCAUAGAUCCCAGUAGCUUCCCUCAAUGAUUCUUGAUGGAUAAUGACUUUGCUCUUACCCUUCAACUGUUUUCUCCCACACCUUACUUCCCUAGCUUCUGCCAUGAUUGUAUGGAGCCUGAUUCCUAAAAAUAAAUGCUAUUCUAUAGCACA